CAGGCGCCUCCCUUCAGGGCGCGAAUGCCACUAGCCACGAACAAGAAUUGCCCGGCCGUGCUGGGCCUUCGGCAGCGAAAAACACUCAGACUGGCGAGUGUUCCUGUCUUGGCUCCCUCCGCCCGCGCGACUCCAAGGCGGUUUUGGAGCCCCCUCGCCUUCGUCACUUUCUUAAGCUUUGCUACGCGUUUCUACCGGCUGCGGGAGCCGCCGCACAUCUGCUGGGAUGAAACACAUUUUGGAAAGAUGGGGAGUUAUUAUAUUAACCGGACAUUUUUCUUUGAUGUCCAUCCACCUUUGGGGAAGAUGUUAAUAGGACUUGCUGGCUAUCUGAGUGGCUACGAUGGGACUUUUCCCUUCCAGAAGCCUGGGGACAAAUAUGAACAACAUAACUAUAUAGGAAUGAGAGCGUUCUGUGCCUUCCUUGGUUCAUGUCUGAUCCCCUUCUGCUACCUCACAGUUCUGGAGCUAUCGAGAUCAUUGCCUGCAGCAGUAAUCACUGCUACCCUCCUGAUUUUUGACACUGGCUUCAUUACAAUCUCACAGUACAUUCUUCUUGACCCCAUUUUGAUGUUCUUCCUCAUGGGAGCUGUACUCAGUAUGGUUAAAUAUAAUUCCUAUUCAGAUAGGUCCUUUACUGUCCCCUGGUGGUUCUGGCUGUGUUUGACUGGGGUGAACCUCGCUGGUGCAAUGGGGGUGAAAUUUGUUGGCCUUUUUGUUGUCCUUCUGGUUGGCCUGAAUACUAUCUGUGAACUUUGGGAGUUAUUGGGAGACCUUAGUCUGUCACUGGCCACACUGGGAAAGCACUUCUUGGCUCGUGCACUUUGCCUCAUUGUACUGCCUCUUGUCCUCUAUAUAACCCUUUUUGCAGUGCAUUUUGCAGUAUUAAACAGAAGUGGACCUGGUGAUGGUUUUUUCAGCUCCGGAUUUCAAUCCCGGCUCAUUGGAAACAAUCUUCAUAAUGUUUCUGUUCCAGAAUAUGUAGCAUAUGGGUCUGUGAUAACACUGAAGAAUCUUCGCAUGGCGGGAGGAUACCUUCACUCCCACUGGCACUUGUAUCCUGAAGGAGUGGGAGCAAGGCAGCAGCAGGUCACUGCAUAUUUACACAAAGACUUGAAUAAUUUAUGGAUUAUAAGGAAACAUAACUUGAAUAGAGAUUAUUCAGACCCUUCCUUCCCUGUGGAGUUUGUGAAACAUGGAGAUAUUAUCCAUCUGGAACACAAAGAGACAUCAAGAAAUCUGCACAGUCAUCAACAUGAAGCCCCCUUGACAAGGAAACAUUUUCAGGUCACUGGAUAUGGCAUUAAUGGAUCUGGAGACUCCAAUGAUUUCUGGCGAAUUGAAGUUGUAGGAAGAAAGGAUGGGAAACGCAUCAAAGUCCUGCGAAGUCAAAUAAGGUUAAUUCAUCUAGCAACAACAUGUAUCUUGGGUUCGACAGGAAAGACGCUACCCAAAUGGGGCUGGGAACAAGUGGAAGUCACUUGUACUCCAUAUCAGAAGGAGACUCCAAAUACUCUUUGGAAUAUUGAAGAUCACAUUAAUUCCAGAUUGCCCAAUAUCAGUUUGGAUGUUUUGAAACCUUCCUUUCCAGAAAUAAUGCUGGAAUCUCACAUUGUUAUGAUCCGAGGAAACAGUGGCCUUAAACCAAAGGAAAAUGAAGUAACAUCAAAACCCUGGCAUUGGCCAAUCAAUUAUCAGGGUCUGCGUUUUUCUGGUGUCAAUGAAACAGACUAUAGGGUUUAUUUGCUGGGAAACCCGGUGAUUUGGUGGAUGAGUCUCAUAGCUAUUGUGUUAUAUCUUACAAUGAUAAUAUUUAUAUCUGUGGCUAUGAAGCGAGGAGUUCAGCUGACAGCUGAACAGAAAGAACUUGCUCGAGUUUUGCUGCACGGUGGGGGAAGGAUUAUCCUGGGAUGGUUUCUCCAUUAUUUUCCUUUCUUCAUGAUGGGCAGAGUGCUCUAUUUCCAUCAUUACUUCCCUGCCAUGCUUUUCUCUAUCAUGUUGACAGGGAUUACGUGGGAUGUAUUCCUGAAAUUCUGCGUUUCCUUUUUUUCAACCAGCAUUCAAGCUAGGAAGAUUUAUGACUAUGGAAUAGCAGUGUUGGUCGUGCUGAGUGUGUAUAGCUUUUACCUCUUCCAUCCUCUAUCCUAUGGGAUGACGGGACCGCUGGCUUCUGAUCCCAGCAGCUCAAUGGCAGGCCUUAAAUGGCUGGAAACAUGGGAGUUUUAGAUCCAGCUCUUUAUUUUUUAAAGAAAGGAAUAAAAUAGAAGAAUAGAUGUGGUCAAACAUUUCUGUCCAUUUGAUGGUUACUACCAUAUGAAGAAUCUUCUCUGAAACAUUUCUGAGGGGAGACAGUAGGCUGUUGAAGGAAGAGGCAACAGUGUGGGAGAGUUUCUGACAGAAAGGUCCAGUCAUUUGAGCCAGCUGCUAUUUUAAAGUUUGAACCGUCCAAGCAAUAUUUAAACACUCAUGCUGUCUUAUCAAGACAAUCUAUAGCAAUGUCAUAAUGUGUGAUUUUGAGGAUGCAUGUGUUUCAAAAAGAUGUAGAUUAUGCAAUUAUCUCUGAUCAAGUGUGACAUGACAAACGGAAUAUCAAUUGAUCUUUUUAAAAAAUGGUCUUUUGCAAAGAGGAUAGUUCAGAACCAAUAAUUUAUUAUGUUUUUAAAGGGAAGUUGUCUCUCUGCGUACACAUACCUAUACAUCCUUCAAGAGUUACCCCUUUCUUGCUUUAGUUGUAAAUGAUUGGACUUAAAUGUUUCAGUUGGUUGAAGCAUUACAGAUUUCUGUGCAUUCCUUUCUUCUAAGACAAAAGGCAAUAAGUUAUUCCUACUUUUGCGUAAUAUUUCUGUCUCUGAGCACUAGCUACUUGUUGCAGUUAAGAAAAUCUUAGACGAUGUAGCAGGCUCAUAGAGUUACUAAAUUAUAAAAUUCCAGUCAUCACACCAUUAUUCUGAGGAUGUUUUUAGAGGAGUGAUGUUAAGUUUUUAGUCUCUAGAUCUAAAUUCCUCUGAUAUGCCUUUUGAGCAAGGCUGCAAAGCUGCAGAGAUUACAUAAUAGCUUAGAGCAUUUGCUAGUGCUGGCAUUGAUCCGAUUUAUCCCAUCACCUGAGGGAAAGCUGAUGUGAAUGAAUGUAGGUUUUGCAAAAUAAGUGCUAAUACUGGGUUAUUUUUUGUUAAAGGCAUAAUUAUUUUGAGAAGUCUUUUCUACUUGCUAUACUAAACUAUCUGGAGAAAGGUUUUGUAGUUUCAGGGCAGCUGAAGUACAAAACUCUUCAGCUGCAGAGGAAGAAUUUUUGUGAUUGCAUUGCAUGUGAAAGAAACUCUGAAAAACAAUCUGAAAAACAUUUCACUUUCAAUUAUUGUGCAAUGCACCAUAAUUUUUUAGAACAAAUUCUAAAAAAAUGUUGUUUCAGCGCUAGUUACAUUGAUCACCUAUGUCCAGAUUACUGCAAUAUUCCAGUAAUUCAUUUUGGCAUGUGUAUGAAAGUUUGAAGCCUCCCCAAUUCUAUGCUUCAUGCCAUCCUUCGUUUAUUGGCUACCCUUGAAUUUUACACCCCUGAUAUAUAGGAACGAAACAGAAAAAUAGAAAUAGCAGGUAGAGAUGAUUGCUUAGAAUCUGCUGUUUCUUCUAUCAGCAGAUUCAGGGAAACAGGAAGACUUCAUGAUAUCAGUAGCAAUUCAGUGGGUUAUUGGUAGAUAAUUUGAUAGCAACAGUUGUUAUAAAUUCUUGACCAUUUUUUAUUAUGUGUUCAAAUGUUACUCUUGCUUACAUUUCUAAAUCAGGUCCCCAUAAAAUGGUUCUGAACUAUUCAUGUUAUAUCGUAUGUGUGCUAUAUACUGUAACAUGAAUAGAAUGAUUAGAAUGUACUUGGCUUUUUAAAGGAGGGCAGCCUUCUUUUUAUCAAUUAAAGCUAUAUUGUGCAAAAUAGUGUUAUAACAAUUUAAUGUAGAAUUUCCACAAGGCUGCUGAACCCUUUUCUUCUGGAUUCUGCAGUACUCCAGUGGACAAUUGUUCAGUGUAGCCUUGCCUGAUGUUCUGAUCAUUCAGCACAUACGUGCUGGGGCUAAAAGUCAGUAUUGCAUAGAGCAUUUUUUGGAACAUGUAUAAAGUAGUUCCUAUUGAAUUUGAUGCAAUAAGACUAGUUUACCACUGUACAAAGAGAGAUAUCCGAUCUGGCAUUAACGGCUGUCCUUCACAGCAUAAUGUCAAUAACUCCAAUAUUGCAGGCUAGCACUGGGUGGCCUCUUUCCUGUAUGAAGGUACUCCCCCUUAUCUCUUCUACCAUCACACUGCAAAUACUGGUUUCUGUGGGAAAGACUAAUUCUAAGUGGAUGUGCCUUAGCUCAGUAUUUUGUACUUGUGAUGCAUUAAUACAUGCUUAUGUCUCAACUUGCCUUUCCACACAUCUGCUAUUGGCUUUCUUGUACUUUGAAAUCCUACCUUAUCGAUUUUUUUUCUUUUACCGCAUAUAACUAAUUAGCUUCAUUCAUUUGUUGUUUUCAAGCCUCUUUCUUUUUAGAACUCUUGAAAUAUUGUACUAAAAGAAGUAUGCAAAUUAAAAAAUGACUUGGCUGCAAAAUCUCCUUUGAAGUAGGCCAUUGUGAUUUUGCAAAAUAUUUCUAUUGUUUUAUAGUAUUCAGUUUCACUGCUCUUCCAAUGUUUGGAUCAUUCACUUUCCUAUCAGUUACUACAACCAUAUGACUCCUACAGUUGUCUCUCUUGUUCCCCUUUGUGGUCUUGAUGGGACACAAGCCACUUUACCAUGAUUGAAGGCAUAACUAAAUAAAACUUUUUGCUUUGAGUCCUUGAAUUGCAUAAUCUUUGUUUUUCCAUACUAGGAUGGGACUGCAAUGAUGACACCACAAAUAGAUAAUGAAGAAGAAGUCAGCAAUGCUGUACAUUCUCAUUGGGGGGUCACUAUGGCAGGGCAGUUGCCUCUCUUGAUAGCAAAUCUUUAGAAAGCUUUUCAUUCCUUGGGUUAUUAUUGAAGAAAUUCAUGUUUGAAAAAAGUCACAUGAUUUGUAGGAAUUUUAAGCCUUUUUAAAUACAAUCUGUAUUAAAGUAUUGUCAACUCUGAGGUUACAAAACUGAAUAAGCUUUAGAUUUCUCUAGAAUUUUUCAUAUUUAAAAGGUACACAGGAAGGAAAGAAGGAAGAAAUAGAUGCCACUGAAAGCAUAGUCUUAACAUGGAGUGUGGGAGGAGGUUGUGCCCAUUCAAAGGAAGCUCUUCCACCUACUAAAUAGUUUUAAGAUUUGCAGUCUCUGGUUUCUAUAAGAAAUAAACAAUUUAAGGAAAAAAAUUAUAGCUGUUGUUUCACACACCUUAGGUAAAACUCAGUCUCCUACAUUAUGAUUUUCCUUACUGAUGCUGCUAAUACUGAAGUUGUUAGUGUGCUUGGUUGUAAUUUGCAUAUGAUUACUGCCUGUAUGUUUAAGUUAAUACAUGUCGUUGCUCUUAAUGUACAUAACACUAAUAUAAGAAAACUGAACUGGCACUGUUUUUUAAAGAGGGUUAAUUGAUAAAAAGAUUAUCUUUUAAUUUUAUUAAUAAAUAAG